CCGUGUCCUGCCGGCCCCCGUCAGCCUUUGUGGAAUUUUCGCCAUUUUGACAGCUUCCCCAGAUCCCUUGUUCAUUUGAACAGCCGCCAUGACGUCUCGAAAAACACAACAAGAGAUUGACAAGACCUUCAAGAAGGUAUCUGAAGGCAUCCAGUCGUUUGAAGGGAUAUACGAGAAGAUCCGAGCGACGACAAAUCCCACCCAACGCGAUAAGCUCGAGGACAACUUGAAACGGGAGAUCAAGAAGCUUCAACGAUUUCGCGAUCAGAUCAAGUCAUGGGCUGCCGGCAAUGAAGUCAAAGACAAGAGUCCGCUGCUCGAGCAGCGCAAAGCAAUCGAAACUUGUAUGGAGCAGUUCAAGGCCGUGGAGAAGGAGAUGAAGACCAAAGCAUACUCCAAAGAAGGUCUAUCGGCAGCAUCGAGACUCGAUCCCCGGGAAAAGCAAAAGGUGGAGACGUGCGAUUUCCUGUCAGCCUGCGUGGACGAACUUCAACGGAAAAUCGAGUCCAUGGAAGCCGAAGAAGAGACCCUGCAUAUGCAAAUGAAGAAGGGCAAGAAGGACGUCGCCAAGGCCAACCGGUUAUCAGAUGUUACACACUUAACAGAGCGCCAUAAGUGGCAUGUCAAUAAGCUGGAACUUCUGCUACGGUCGCUUCAGAACGGCAACGUCGAAACGAGCCAAGUACUGGAUAUCAAGGAGAGCAUAAAGUACUAUGUGGAUGAUGGGAAUAACAUCGAUUACUCUGGAGAAGAUGAAACACUCUAUGACGACUUGAAUCUGGGUGAUGAGACUGAGCAGUUCGGCCUUGCUGACGACCGAGUAUCCUCGCAAGAUGCACAAUCGGUCCAGGAUGACGAACCCGAACCGAGACCAAAGGCGAAGCCGGAGGCAGCAUCAACGCCUCGACGGCCAUCAGCGCAAAUGAAGUCUCCUCUUCCCGUUUUGGCGACCCUCCAUCCCUCCACAUCCACCAGCUCCACAACUGGCAUGAAACCUGCCCCUCUUCCAACUCGUCUUCCCGGUGAAACUCUCAAGUAUGCAUCGGCCGCAGCCGCAGCAGCAGCGAGUGAUAAGAAUGGCGUUGGAAUUGCUCCCCUACCACCGCCACCCGGUGCAAGCCCUGCUUUCCCACCUGCGACUUUGGCGUCGAAAGCUUCAUCUGUCGCUUCACCUAGUAUCUCUGCGGCUCAGCCUGUUUCCAAGCCAUUGUCUAUGGCAGCAGCGGUUGCAGAAGAAUCCGCAGCUCAUGGACGGUCUAGGACCCCGGCUCUCAGUCCCCGUGUCGGCACAGCGAGCGCCUCGAAUACGAUGCCCCCUACACCUGCGAUGGACAAGGCAGACACCACAGCCACCAAAGAGCAGCCGGCCGCGAAUGGGGAAACGGGCAAGGAGGAACAACGUGAUAGCGACGAAUCGAUAUACUAUCUGCCACCUGGCCUGCAGGACCUAAUACACUCAUUUGAAGUGACCAAGAGCAGAUCGUCGACCAACCCACCCCCAUCGGUCCAACGACUUCUCGCCGCGUCACUCACUACCUGUCCUGAGCCUGCUGACGCGGAGAAGCCUCGCCACUACAAGCCACAGAACCCUUACAACACCCCUCUCUACUACCCGCAAGAACCCCUGUCGAUCUUCAAUGACCCUCGACUGUAUGACACCGGGCGCAUUGACACAGAUACUCUCUUCUACCUGUUCUAUUACCGCCAAGGUACAUACCAACAAUUCCUAUCGGCCAAAGCCCUCAAAAACCAGAGCUGGCGUUUUCACAAGCAAUAUCAGACAUGGUUCCAACGACACGAGGAGCCCAAGACGAUUACCGAGGAAUUCGAACAAGGGACGUACCGUUUCUUUGAUUAUGAGAGUACAUGGAUGAACCGACGCAAGGCGGAUUUCAAAUUUAUCUACAAGUAUCUAGAAGAUGAAUUAUAAUAUGAAUCUUAAGUUUCAUCCGUCUCAUCAGCGAUCCCGUACCCCGUAGCGGGCUAAAGCAGAGAAGGUGGACUCUGCAAGGGAGAUCUGCGAUGGGACCAUCAAUCGGUCUUUUUGAAUGUGAAGGGACUUGAUUUGAAGUGGCUUGGUUUUUCUUUUUGACACGUUGUGCUGAAGGGCCGGGUAUUACCUGAAGAUCCCUUCUUCCAUCUUUUACCUCUUCGUUUCUUCCUGUCUUUUGUUUUUUUCUUCAUCUGGGAAUGAGUGAAUGAAUGGGAUUGCGGGACAUGGAGUUGGUUCUGCGCUGUUCGUCUGAUUACAAGGAGGCUGAUGGAUGGAUAUCCACGGGCUUUUGUCUUUUUUACUUUUUUUUUUUCUGCACUGUACAAUUCCAAAAACAAUGGAGACCAAGUCAGAAGCACUUGACCGUGCACAUUCAAUCAAUAAUAUGAUGUUCCAGCGUAAAAG